UGUUUUCUGUGUAUAGAAACUGUAUGAUCUUCUGAAAGUUUCAAACUUUUUCAAAUGGAAAACAACAACAUUACUCAAAACCCCACCGUGGAAGUGGCUGCGGCAGCGGCGGAGAUAACUGCCGAGGAGGUGGCGGUAACAGGGUCUGGCGCCGAUGAAUAUGCCGCCGUGAACGGUGGUGUGGAGGGACAAGUAACUGUUCGGAGAAAGAGAGGCAGACCUAGAAAGCAUGAAGUGGAAGAGAACUCUCCAUUGCCUAUUUCACCUGACUUUUUGGCUUCUCCGGUACGUAUUACUCUGAAACGGGGACGAGGAAGGCCUCGCGGUACCGGUAAAUUGAAAAAGCUUGCUUCUUUGGGUGGAGUUGCUGUAGACACAACUGGACGUGACUUCACUCCUCAUGUGGUAAAGAUAAAAGUAGGAGAGGACAUUGCCGAAAAAAUAGUGUCAUUUUCUCAGGGAGGUCCUCGAGCCGUCUGUAUUCUUGCUGCUACUGGCCCUGUUUCUACAGUAGAUAUUCACCAAGCUGGUUCUUUUGGCAGCGUUAUUUUAAGAUAUGAGGCAUGAUCAGAUACUAACUGUUUUGUUUUCUGCAUCUUCCUAUUUUUAAUUUAUUUCUGACAUGAUUUUUAAAGGAUGAAAUAUUGGUAUUAUAUUCUUGCUUGUGAUUGAGAUAUCUUCUCUUUUUGUUCUGCUAGUUAUUGGGAUUUUGUUUCUUGUAGCUUCUAUAGAGACUCCAUCCCUUUGCCAGAAAAAUUUCAAAAAAUAGAAGUAAAAAAAAAAAAGAGGAAAAGUUUGACUUUGACCAUGAAAAACAUGAGGGAUCCCAAAAUGUUGUAAAACAAUCCCAUGGUGUUAAUGAUCCCACUCUAAUCAAGCAAUCACAUGGUACAUCGGAAUUGUAUUUAAAUAUGAAUUUUAAAGAUGAAAAGGUUAGUUAGGGGGUUAUGCGCACAUGGACCAAACCAUGGGGGUAAAGUGAACUCUGCUGGGCUGGAAACUAAGGAAUCACACAAAAGAUUUGAUUGCAUUGCAAAUGCAACCUCCACGGUUUUUGCAUUUGAAUUAUAGGAUUUCAGCUCUUUGAUGUCAUACAAAGAAAAAGAAACAGUUUUUUCAUUCAUGCAUUAUGAAUCCAAAAAAGAAUUUUCUUUUAUUUUUUGACGUUUAACUUCUCCUGUCAUCCUUCAUGCAGGGCUGUUUUGAGCUAUUAACUCUAACUGGGUCACCUGCGUUUAAUGAAGUGGGAGGUGUACGGCGCAAAAUAGGCAUGUUAAGUGUUUCGCUGGCCAAACCUGAUGGGACAGUUUUUGGUGGUGCUGUUGCAGGAUCUCUAAUUGCAGCUGGGCCAGUUCAACUCAUUAUAGCAAGUUUCAAGCAGAUUAUCAAGAAACAACUUCUCAAGAGGCACUCUGCUGAAUCUUCAACAGCUAACGGCAUGCCUGGUGGUGAUUUGGAUACUGUAAGAGUUCUGAGAUCACAGGGUAAGACAAAAAGUGUUGAAGAGAACGGUGUUGCGACACACCCUUCUCGGUUCCCAGAACUACCCAGUGGGACAAGGAAUAACAUCGGUGACCAAAAUGAUAAUCUUGUCUUCGAUCAAGAGGCUUCACAACCAUCAGAGCACAUGUCAGAUGAGAGUAUGUUUGACAUCAAUGAUAGUGUUAUUGAGAUCGAUUGAAAUGAUACCGAGGGGCGACUUUCUUUCUUCUUCAUGUUAUCAGGUGAAAUGUUCCAUACUUUCAGAGAGUGGUGGUAGCUUUGGCAGUAGUUAAAGUAUAUUUUACUAGUGCUUUUAUAAACCUUUGGAACUUAAAUAUUUGUUGUUUUCUAUGUUCGUUUGCUAUUUAUUUCACAAACCCUUUUAGACAAAAGGUUGCCGUUAAUUUUUUUGUGUGCGCGCUAUAUAGAAAAUUAAUACCUAAAAGUUCAAGUUUCUGGUAAAUGGUAGUUUGUUAAGAACAGCAUCAUGUAAUCUUUUACAGUUACUUUAAAUGGAAUGAUAAGCUGUUUGUGGGUUGGUGUUCUAAAACCAUUUUGAUUUGGUAUAUUUUGCAUUAUUUCCAAUUUAUUGAUUAUCUAAUGCCAUUGAUGAACCCUGUUCAAGUAGUAGAGUGCUUCUAAUUAGACAUUUGCAAAUAACCUAUAAGUUUUGGCAUCCAGACUUAUUUGCCUGACUGCUGCAACUGCGGCUAUGACUCCAAUUGCUGCGAAAACUACAGCAAUGGUGACAUUUAACCAGAAAACCGGGUUUUGCUUCGACGGCUUAAAUGUCAAGUUGUAGAAAACUACAGGCAGAACAAAAUCGAGUGGCAAAAAUCCGAAAGCUCCAAUCACUGCAUUGAUGUCGCCAAAGAAGGGAAGCAUUGCAGCAAUUGUUGUUGCUAUGAUGACUCACAGUGAUCGAUAGAUCAACCUUGGGAUGACAUUCCGGGAAGAGAACUCACCGCUCUUGGGGUCUGCAAAAGUUCGCUC